CUUUCCACUUCUGAUGUGUUAAUGUCGUUGAUGCAGGUUCUCCCCAGAAAACACAGACUUGCUGACGACGCUUGGCCUGCUGUAUCUUCAGCUUGGAAAAUACCAAAAAGCUUUUGAACACCUUGGAAAUGCUUUGACCUACGAUCCAAACAACUAUACAGCCAUCCUUGCUGCAGGUAGCAUGAUGCAGACUCACGGAGACUUUGAUGUGGCCAUGAACAAGUACCGUGUGGCUGCCUGUGCCGUGCCCGAGAGCCCCCCCCUCUGGAACAACAUUGGCAUGUGCUUCUUCGGCAAGAAGAAAUACGUGGCUGCCAUCAGCUGCUUGAAGAGAGCCCACUACCUGUCCCCGUUUGACUGGAAGGUUCUCUACAACCUGGGCUUGGUGCACCUCACCAUGCAGCAGUACGCAUCUGCAUUCCACUUCCUCAGCGCGGCCGCCAACCUCAACCCGCGCUUUGGGGAGCUCUACAUGCUGCUGGCAGUUGCCCUUACAAAUCUGGAUGACGUAGAGAACGCCACCAGGUCCUACCAACAAGCAGUGUCUCUCGACAGGUCCAACCCCUUGGUCAACCUGAACUUUGCCGUGCUGCUCUACAACCAGGGCGACAAGAAGGGGGCCCUGCUGCAGUACCAGGAGGUGGAGAGGAAGGCUAGCGGGCUGCGGGAGGCCAGCAGCGGUGUGGAGUUUGAUCCUGAGCUGGUGGACAUGGCUCAGAAGAUGGGGGCCGCCCUGCAGGUGGCAGAGAGCCCGGUGUGGACACGACCGCCCGCAGACACCAAGUCCAAACCCCGCUCAGCAGCCGCCACCAAGAACCCCGGGGCCCCCCUUGGCACCAACCAGGCCCUGGGCCAGGCCAUGUCCUCGGCCGCCAGCUACAACAAAAAGAUCCAGCUCUCAGCAGGAGCCAACAGGGGUCCAUCGAUGCCUCUUGAGCCUGAGCCUUACACAGAGAACGCCCCCGGCACACCCAGCGACCCCCCUGGCCCUCCUGAACUCCAGGAGACCCCUGAGGCCCCCAAACUCCAGACCUCCAAGAGUAAAGCCAAGAUGGUGGAGGGGGAUUAAUCCUCCGCCGGCCAAACCCUUGCCUCCCUCUCGGCAGCUCAUGCCCUUUCCUUCAUGCUCCCGCAAAGCCCAGACGCAGCUCAUCCAUUUUAGUUUCCUUGUAAUUUUUUUGUUUUCUUUUGAGCACAUUAUAUAUUUUAUGGAUGAAUUCUGUGAUUUUUUAUAUCAAGUCUUGCUAUUAUGAUUUCAGUAAAAAAUAAGUCUAUGAGCGGCUGAUCACAAAAACCCAUUCAAAGAUGCUUCUUAAGAAUUUCAGCUCCAUUCACAUAGAAGGUCAGGAUGUGAUUAGACUUCAAGUGAAGAUUAUGCUUUGCCACGUUUCAGUAUUUGCGAAAUAGGGUUUGGAAUCACUGGUUGUCCCUAUGACCAGUCUUUUAUUUAUUUACAACCCACCAUGGGUUUAUUUUAAUAUUGUCAUCUUUUUGUGAACUAUGUAAAUAAUUGUAAAGGCCAAGUUCAUGCUCAUAUAUAUGAAUAAUUGUUGUCUAUACAUAGUAAUAAUUUAUUGCAAUAAAUAGUUGUAAAAAAUACAACGUUCCAUUUGUUCCUAAUCAAAAGAGUGUCCAAGAGGAGGGUUGAUUCAGAAUAAUCUGUUAAUUAAUAGUACCUGUAUCGGUCAUUGUACCAAUGUAAUGGCCUGUUUCAUUUAGUUUUCUUUUCUUCUUUGGGCUGCUUCUGGCUCAAUUCUGACCAAUCUAACCAAAUGAUUUGUUUGGUCAAUCCAUCUUGCACAUCAUCUGAUUUGCGCGCCAGCGUAAUUAUCUCUGGCGAAGAAACAUAAAGGAUGGUGGCUUAUUGUUUAUUUUGAUUGUUUAAAUUCAACAUCUUUCAAUUGAUAAAGAUAUUAUGGUUUUGCAGGAAAUGAUGGUAAAAAAGAAGUAUGCUUUAAUACAGACUUUCGAUGUUAAUGAUUCAACAGUAUGCAAAACAUGAUUUAGAAUAUGGGAAAAUCUGGGAACGGUGCUGCAUGGUUUGCAAAAAUGUCAGUCAAGAAUCUUGGAUACUACAUUAGCCUUGGCAUAGUUGAAAUGCUUGAGGUUGAGUUGUAGGCUACUACAGAAUGGAUUCACCCCUUUAGUUAACCAUGGGAUCUCAUGGUUUCCUUUCAGAUGUCUCACUGGACAUUAACAUUGUUUAGUGCCACUUAACUUUGAUAAAAUGACCUCUUGCUGCACAGCUUGUAUAUAAAAACAAAUAAAUUGGAUUUCAAUGCCUUUUAUAAGUUAUUUUAUAAAUCGAUACAUUACCUUUCCGUUUCUUCUUGAGAUGUACCUCAUAGGAGUCAAUAUGUAUAGAAUGUAAUAUUUUUGCAACAUUUGAUGGCUUUGCCAUGGUCAUGCCAAUGCAAUAGACAAGUGUGCUCACUUCAUACCGAUAUUU